CCUACCUGCAGGGAGGUUCCCGGAGAGCUGCCAACUGGUGACGGAGCAGAGCAGAGGCAGCGCUCCCUCCGCUGACGCACAGCAGUCUCUCGUAGGAACUCACUCCGCACAGCCGACAUGCCUGGGUAUUCUGACCUGGAGAAGGCCAUUGACACACUGGUCAGCCAGUUCCACGCGGCUUCAGCGGACAACAGUCCAACACUGAAAACAGAGGAAUUUAAAGGUCUUUUGUCCUCCCAGAUGCCUAACCUGAUGAAGGGGGUGAACACAGAACAGGGAUUCGGGAGCAUUCUGCAGAAGAUGGGUGUCGGAGAUGGCGAGGGCAUCUCUUUCAAACAUUUCUGGAGCCUAAUUGAGUCGGUAGCCUCCAGCCAGCAUGGUAUCCUGAGCAAGGCGGGUUCCUCAUGCAGCUGCAUGCUCCUGUGAAGGGCCAGGCUCUCAGCUCAUCAGCAACACUUCACUAUGGAGUUCAAAAAUGUUUCUAACUCUUAUUCUUACAUUUUAAGCAGGAUAACAAAUGUUUAAUGUUGUUUCCAAUACUUAUCAUAGAAAAGGUUACCUAUAAAAUCUGUGUUCUAAUGAUCACAUCUCGUUCACUGUCAUCGAAAAUAAAUCACAUUUUCUGACAUUAAAUAAAACUGGAAAAUCUACUAAUUUUACAUGAAAUGAAACAAUAUUUUAUUAAUGCCCAGAUUUUUUUGCUGUAUGUCUUCUGAAGCAAAAAAUCUGAAGAUGAGAAAAAGUUUGUGUGCAUCUUCCCAGUCAUGAUUGCUGGAGACCACCAUUUACAGAUAACACAACUGUUUUUGUUUUUUUAAAAUAAAAAACAUAAGAAUAAAAAAUCUAGAAACUUUUAUGUGUAUUUUUACAUCGUUUUAUCACAAAUGUCCAAAUACCUAACCACACAAUUUGAGACUGUUUUUCUUCAAAAAUAAAAAACAUUUAGUUAAAAUUUC